AUGUCAUGGACUCUGUUUCAGUUCGUGCAUGUUGUUGUCUUUGUUCUCAUGGUGUGUUUGGAUGGUUCAGGCUCUACUACUCCUCGUGUUCAUGUAGCCGGGAAUGAGACGGAUUGGCUAGCAUUGCUCGCAUUCAAGGCUCAAAUAACCGGUGAUCCAUUUGGAGCUCUGAAUUUGUGGAAUGAAUUUGUCCACUUCUGUCAAUGGGCUGGCGUACCAUGUGGCUGUCACCACAAGAGGGUGACGGAUUGGCCAUCUACGAAGACUGCGAAUAUUGAAACUAGGCUGGCCGGAAAAAUUCCUGUGGAGCUUGGUUCUCUGUCUCUGCUCAAGCGACUGUUUAUUGACUUCAAUAAGCUAAUAGGAGAGUAUGGUACGGGAAAUGAGGUGACGACAUUGGAGAUGAUUAUAGGAAAGAGACCUACUGAUAACAUGUUUAAUAAUCUGAGUCUCCAUAACUUUGUUAAGAUGGCAUUACCUGAACAAGUAAAAAGCAUUGUUGAUCCAACACUAUUUCAACGAAGAGAAAUUUGGGAGGAACUACCAAGAGAUCGACCAGCCAUUAAUCAUGCUGUUACUCAGUUGCAUGUGAUCAAGAACAAUUUUCUUGGAACUGAUGGGUUCGUGGAGGAAGAAGAGCUAGAAUUGCAGUGUGAUCAUAAGUAG